UGGAGGGCGGGCUCUAAUGACUGGGUGGCGGUUUUCCUUGCAGGCAACAGACUGAGCAAACGCAUUGUGUUUCCGAGCUUGGUAACGGCGGACCACUUCAAAAAAAGGGGAGAAAGCAUGAACAGGAUCCGGAUCCACGUCCUGCCGAGUAGCCGCAAUCGGCCAACGGUCCAGCAGCAGCCGGUGCGUCCUCGGGAGGCGCAGAAGUGCGCCUUCACGCAGCGGCCUUGUUCGCAGCCCCACCUUGACGGCUUCGACUUCUGCAUCAAGCACAUUCUGGAGGACAAGACGGCCCCGUACAAGCAGUGCAAUUACGUGUCCGCUAAGAACAACAAACGCUGCCCGAACGCUGCUCCGAAGGUCGACAGGAAGGACGGUGUGACCUUUUGCGCUGAGCACGCCCGCAGGAAUGCCAUGGCGCUCCGUGCACAAAUGAGGAAGGCGUCGUCCGGGCUUUCGCCAGAGACGCUCCUUUCUCAGCUGAGCGGCUAUAGCCACGCGGAAAUGCGCCGCCUGGAUGGAAGUCGCGCCGAGGCCAGUCGGAUUAUAGAUGAUGACAGUCCAGUGAGCGAGGAGGAGCCAAGUCCCCUAGUACUGGACCAGACGUGGCGAGGGGAUCCUGAAAGUGAAGCCGACAGCAUCGACAGCGGCCAUGAGGAUCCUCUCAAACACGCUGGCGUUUACACAGCAGAGGAAGUGGCGCUCUUCACUCGGGAGAAACUCAUCCGGCUGCAGUCACUCUACAUCGACCAGUUUAAACGCCUUCAGCAUCUGCUCAAGGAGAAGAAGCGUCGAUACCUGCACAACCGAAAAAUAGAGCACGAAACCAUCGGGAGCAGCCUUCUGACUGGACCGGAAGGCCUGUCGGCGAAGGAGAGGGAGAACCUGAAAAAGUUGAAAGCGCUCCGUCGCUACCGCCGUCGCUACGGUAUGGAGGCUCUGCUGCACCGCCAGCUGCGAGAGAGAAGACAGACGGUGACGGAGGGAGCUCCGCAGACGCACUCACGAGCACUGCAAGAGAAAUGCAUUUCUUUCGUGGAUGGAAAUCGAUGUCCCAAUCCGUGCCUUCCGCUGACGCGCCACUGUGUUUCACACAUCUUCCAAGAUGGCAACCAGGUACUUUUCAAAAGCUGCCCGGGCACCAAGGACGUCCCGUGCGAACGAACGGUCCACAUGGGCCAGUCGGACGAUCCCCGAUGCCCCCUUCACCUCCCCCUGCCGCCUCCUAUGCACCAGCCGGAAUGGGAGCCCCCUCCGCAAGAGCACCAGCCCCCCGCCAGCAGAGACCUGUACCUGAGCGCCGCCGAGCUUCAGCCCACCGAGAGCCUCCCCCUAGAGUUCAGCGAUGAUCUCGACGUGGAAGGAGACGGCGCACAGUGUCCGCCGUCCCCCCUGCAGUUUGACACGGCGCUGGCGCUGGAGGACCAGACCAUUCGCGCCAUCGCCGAGGCCCCGAUGGACCUCCUGACCGCCGACGACCCCGAUCAAGAGGACGUGUCGGGACAGGACGCCGACGAGAUCUCCGACGAGCAGAUGGCGGCGGGAAGCAAGGAAGACGCUCACAGAUGAAGACAUUGUCGUCGUUUUGUUUUUCUGCGUUGCAAAAAAAUUGACAAUGUGGACCGUUCUCAAGUGUGGGAAGUGUUUGCUCCUCUUUGAUUGGUCCUUCUUUACCCUCAUUACACUCCAGACUCACUUUUCUGUGGCUUGUUUACCAGUGACGGGAAUCAGAAAUAAUCAAUUUGUCAAACUUACACAGUCGUGCGACAAUAUUCAUCACUAAUCACGACCAAAGAUGAAUGUUGAAAAAUGAAGCUAUAGACGUUGGUAUGGAUGAGGAUUAGGGCCAGUGAAGGAAAAAUACAAACGGUUGGUCAGAGAAUUAGGGCCACUGAAGAGGGGGAAAAAAAGCUGGCCAAGAUUCUGACUUAAACUUUAGUCUAAUGUCAGAAUUCUGACUUUAUACUCAUAAUUCUGAGUUGAUUCUCAGAAUUCUGAGUUUAAAUCAGGAUUCUGACUUUAUUCCCAGAAUUCUGACUUAUUCUGACAUUGUUUCAAAAGUCAAUAUGCUGACAUUAUCAGAAUUCUGACUUUCAUUUGACUGACUUCUGAUAAUUCUGACUUUAAAAGUCUAUAGAGUUCUGACUGUAUUCUCAGAAUUCUGACUUUAAAAAGUUAGAAUUCUUUUAUUUGAAUUAAAAAUAAACAAUCUGACCUUAUGGUCAUAAUUCUGAGUUUAUACACAGAAUUCUGAGUUUUAAAACUCUGAAUUCUGACUUUAUUCUCAUAAUUCUGACUUUUGACUUUAAAGUCAGAAUUCUAACUUUACACUCAUAAUUCUGAGUUUAUUAAUCCUGAGUUUAUACACAAGAUUCUGACUUUAAAAUUCAGAAUUGUGACUAUUCUCAGAAUUCUGACUUAUUGUUAGUUUCAAAAGUCAAUAUUCUAACUUUUAGACUUAGAAUUCUGAGUUUAAAAGUCAGAAUACUAACUUCUAAAGUCAGAAUUCUGACUUUUAUUUGACUUUAAAGUCCAAAUUCUGACUUUAUACUCAGAAUUCUGAGGUUAUUCUCAGAAUUCUGAGUUUAAAUCAGGAUUCUGACGUUAUUCCCAGAAUUAUGACUUAUUCUGACUUUGUUUCAAAAGUCAAUAUUCUGACUUUAUUUUCAGAAUUCUGACUUUUAUUUGACUUUAAAGGCAGAAUUCUGACUUCUGAUAAUUCUGACUUUAAAAGUCUAUAGAGUUCUGACUUUAUUCUCAGAAAUCUGUGUUUAAAAGUUGGAAUUUUUUUAUUUGACUUAAAGUCAACAUUCUGACCUUAUGGUCAUAUUUCUGAGUUUAUUCAUUCUGAGUUUACACACAGAAUUCUGAGUUUUAAAAGUCUAAAUUUUGACUUUAUCCUCAAUUCUGACUUAUUUGACUUGAAAGUCAGAAUUCUAACUUUACACUCAUAAUUCUGAGUUUAUUAAUCCUGAGUUUAUACUCAGAAUUCUGAGUUUAAAUCAGGAGUCUGACUUUAUUCCCAGAAAUAUGACUUAUUCUGACUUUGUUUCAAAAGUCAAUAUUCUGACUUUAUUUUCAGAAUUCUGACUUUUAUUUGGUUGUUAAAAGUCUAUAGAGUCGUGACUUUAUUCUCAGAAUUCUGAGUUUAAAAGUUAGAGUUCUUUUAUUUGACUUAAAAGUCAAAAUUUUGACUUUAUGGUCAUAAUUCUGAGUUUAUUAAUCCUGAGUUUAUACACAGGAUUCUGAGUUCAAAAUUCAGAAUUGUGACUUUAUUCUCAGAAUUCGGACUUAUUGUGAUUUUGUUUCAAAAGUCAAUGUUCUAACUUUUAGACAUAGAAUUCUGAGUUUAAAAGUCAGAAUUAUUUGACUUUAAAGUCAAAAUUCUGACUUAAUGCUCAUAAUUCUGAGUUUCAAAAUAAUUCUGUUAUUUGACUUUGACUUCAUAAUUCUGUUUAUUCUCAGAAAUCAGAGUAUACUAUACACAAAAUUCUGACUUUAUUCUCAGAAUUGUGAGUUUAUACACAGAAUUCUAAAUCUGACAGUCAGAAUAUUGACUUUUGAAACGUCAAAAUUCUGACUUUAUGCUCUGCGUUUAUUCUCAGAAUUCUGAGUUAUUACACAGAAUGCUGGGUUUAAAAAUCUGAAUUAUGACUUAUUCUGUUUCACAAGUCAGGAUUCUUUCGAGUUAUACUGGAUGUCAAUGGAAUGAAUGCCACUUUUAUGACACGACCUUUGACCGUAGCCUUCUCAGACAUUUUCCAAGAUGGCAACCAGGUACUUUUCAAAGCUGCCUUAUUCUGACUGUUUCACAAGUCAGAAUUCUGACUUUAUUCUCGGAAUCUUGGCCACCAUUUUUUUUUUCUUCAGUGGCCCUAAAAUGCUUUUCUUUUAGACUUCCACUUUGAAGUCAAAAUUCUGACUUUAUUCUCAGAAUUUUGGCUUGAAAGUGAGAAUUCCGACUUCAUUUUACCUUCAAGUCACUUAUUUGAAGAAAUAAAAUCUGACUUUAAAGUUAUAGUGACUUUGAGGUCCAAAUUCUGACUGAGAAUAUGGAGAAUAAGACAUAAUUCUGGCUUUAAAAGUCUGGAUUCUCACUUCAAUUCUGACUUCAUUCAUGCUUUAAAUUCUGACUCGACAUUGAUGAGUUUGAAUCUGUCAAAAUACAGACUGUGCAAACUGAGAAUAGUCAUUAUCCUGACUUUCAAAUGAGUUCUGACUAUUCCUUAGAAUUCUGACUUAUAAAAGUAAGAAUUAUGAGUUUUAAUUCUGACUUCAGUCUUAGAAAUCUGACUUUCUCAGAAUUCUGCCUUUAAAAUCAGUAUUCUGAGAAUAGUCAGAAUUAAAAUUCUGAGUUAUAAAAGUCAGAACUAUGAGUUUAAUUCUGACUUCAUUCUUAGAAUUCUGACUUUAAAGGGCGAAUGCAGACUUGGAAUUCUAAGUCUGAGACUUUAAAAUCAGUAUUCUGACUUUCAAAGUCUGACUUCACUUUAAAGUUAAAAUUCUGUGAGAAUUCUGACAAGUGAGAAUUAAGUUAGAACGCUCACUUCAAAAUCAAACUUCUGACUUUAAAAAGGACGCAGUGGCUUACGGCUCCUUUUCCUUAAUUUUUUUGUACAAUGACAAUACAGGCAUUCAUUUUACGGUAAGUCAGAAUUUCAUGUGAGUAUUCUAAACAACCCCCCCUUCACCUUCCCCUUGACUGGCCCUCAUCCUUUUUCGUACGUUGGUAUGAAUAUAAAAAAAAAAAAUUGGGACUUGGGAAUUUGACGUUCAGCAAAAAUAUAAGAUCUCAUACUUUUCAUUCUUUAGUAUGAGUUAGUAUCUAUCAAACUAAAUGUUUUGCAUAUGUAUGUGUGAUUCAUAUUGUUAGGGGUGUAAAUCAGUAUUUUCAUGACCAUACCAUUCCCAUUCUUUGGAUGACGACAAGGUUCCGGUGAAUUAGUUCCAUUCCACCAAAAUAAAAAAUACAAAGUCA